CUCAAGAACGAGCUAAUGAGGCUAGUAUGGAGGAUGAAAGAGUCCCCUUCUCGACCAUCCUCCUCCCUAUUUUAAGCACGUUCUGCUCUGAAAAUAUGCAUCUUCUUUCCAGCUUUCUGUAUGCUUUUCUUGUUUUGGGUUGAUGUGAAUCAAACAAAUUAGCAAGACGCGUGUUCAGAAGGCGACCGAGUUUGAUUCAGGUUCACCCAAUAAGUCCAUGGAUCGCGAUCUAUACUUGGCAGCGUCCACGGGGGACUCAGGCUACAUCAAACGAUUGAUCACAGACGAAACUGGGAAUUGCCAAGCCCAGUUCACCCCACAAAGCAACAGCCUCCUUCACAUCGCCAUUAUCUUCCAACAAAUUGAGCUCGUCCGGACCUUGAUUCAGCUAUGCCCCUGCCUUUUGCCCCAUCAGAACUCGCAUGGUGACACUCCUCUCCAUGUUGCAGCCAAGAUCGGUUGCUUGGAGAUCGUUCGACUCCUCGUAGACGACGGAGUGCCCGCACACCAAGCACGCGAGACGUGUAACUAUGAUGCUCCGAGCCCCGGCGACUUGAGUCUCUUGAGGAAGGUGAACGGGUCCGGGGAUACGGCUUUGCAUUUGGCUGUGAGGAGCGGCCACAUUGGUGUGGUGGAUUUGCUAGUGAAAGCCGAUUCUCAACUCAUGUAUAUCGAUAAUAAGGUGGGCGAGACUCCAGUUUUCGUGGCCGUUGAUGCCGGGUUCUUCGAUGUUGCUCAUUGCAUGAUCUUGCAGAUGUCGUCAUCACCAUCAUCGCCCCACUAUAAAGGCACAAAUGGGCUAACUGCUCUUCAUGCCGCCUUAAUAAGCACCCAUCAUGGUCGAGCUCUUGAAAGCCAUGUCCCUGAUUUGUCAUUGGAAAACAUAAGGCGCAUCAUGCGGGACUGGUUGCUUAGUUUAGACGAACUCGUCGGGAGAUUUCGAUCGUGCCAAAUUGAUAUCAUAAAGGAGCUUGUGACCAAGUGGCCACACAUAGUGACGGAAGCGGACGAACUCGGACGAACCCCUCUUCAUUACGCUGCGCAUUUGGGUCAUCUUGAAGCAACCAAGCACCUUCUUCAAAAGGACCCUUCAGUUGCUUAUUCACCUAACAAAGAAGGCAUGUGUGCCCUUCACGUGGCGGCCAAACAAGGGCAUGUUAAAAUCAUGGACGAGCUCAUUAAUUACUGCCCAGACGUUCAUGAGCUGCUCGACGAAAAAGGUAGGACGGCUCUUCACGUGGCCGUGGUGAGCGGAAGAACGAGGGUCGUGAAAUAUAUACUCAGGAAUAACAAAUUUCAAGGGCUCAUCAAUUUUCCUGACGAAGAAGGGAACACGCCUUUGCAUUUGGCUGCUGAUUGUGGGAAGGAUGAGAUUUUGAUGACCCUUACUUGUGACAGAAGAGUUGACAAGAAGGCCGUGAACAAGCAACACUGGAAGGCCAUUGACAUCCUUCACUCCAAUACUUUUCUUGGAGAGCUUGUCAAGACAAGGAUCAUGAAGAAGAUGGAACAAGCGGGGAGCCGAAAAAGCCUGAGAUUAGUGAUCCGGGAAGAGGCAGACACAAGAAGGUAUGAGCCUUACAGUGAGAAUAACGAUGUGAAAGCUGGAGACUUGUACGGAAGUAACAACUACAGCGAACGAGACAUUUCGCUUCACCCCUACAGUGACAGAUCAUCACUCGAAAGGUCCACAUCCGGCAUGACUUCAUCGAGCGACAACUCCUUCAGAUCAAUCCGUCUAAAGGGUAUAUCAGGGACUCAUCUGCUAGUGGCGGCACUCAUAGCAACCGUCACUUUUACGGCUGGUUUAACAGUUCCGGGAGGCUAUAAAGAUCAAGGAAGAGACGAGGGCACGGCAGAAUUAGUAUCUAAAGCUGCCUUCAGGAUUUUCCUGAUUGCGAACGCCCUCGCCUUCUACUGCUCCACUCUUUCGGUGUUCCUUCACUUCUUGACAUCGGUGGAGCACAACUUCCACCUCCUUCUCCGUUUCACGAAAUUUGCGGCCGUGCUUACCUAUAUCUCCAUAAUCAGUCUGAUGAUAGCAUUCACGUGGGGGAUGCGUGCGAUAUUGCCAGAGGGGUGCGCUUUUUCCAUAGCUAUUGUGGUAAUUGGGUGCUGCUUUGUUGUCUUCUGCCUAUUUGGAUUCAUAUGAUAUUGGCAUUGUAAGAAGCUUCGUUCGAGUCGACUUCCUCACAAGAAGUGGUUAAUUAGUCGCCACUUCUAUGAAGUCAAGACAGCUACAUCAGGAGGGAGGGGGGAAAGAAGGAAGCAAUACAUUUGACAGGUAAAUUGUAGAUAUGAAUAUUGUCUUAAAUCGAGAAUCAAGCAAAGAAGUAUUGGAGGGCCUCUGUCUUGUUCACAUGGAGUUCAUCCUAAGACCACCAGAGCAGCGCCUCUUUCUACUAUGGCUUCCUGAAUUGUUAAUCUCUCUUUGUAAGUACUUUUAGUAUUGAUCAUUUUGUUGAUAGAAAGAACCAGCUAGAAUAUGUACAGUUGCAGUGGUCAACAAUGGUUCAGCGCGCUGAAAAUCCCGCAAAGUCUCUUGUUUGCAAUUUCGCUAGGGUCUUUCUACUUUUCUUU